GAUAAAAAAAAAACUAAACAAUCGCAUUGGUUACUUAAGUCAGGUGUGAAUUCUGAUUGCGGAUGUUGCAGUCACAUUCCAAUCAAAGAUGUCGUUUUGCUAGCAACUCCAAAAUUCCUACUAAUUAACGUAGUAAAGUAUUUUUGUUCGGGUAAAUAUUUUGAGUCACUUAUAUCCAGUAGAAGCGGUGCGGUUACAAUCAGUUUUAAUCAGGUUAAGUAUGGCGUAGUUUAGCACUGUUCACUUAUUCGUAAAUCGUUCCGUCUGUCUCACCGCACUAAUCUAAUCUAAUCUAUACAUAUUACCAGUGAAAAACCAAAAAAUGAUUUCGGGAAUAAGGAUUGUUCUUGGGAGUGGCAUCGAAUCGCAGUACAAGCAGUAUUAAAUUAUUGAAAAGCUUGAAUUUAUUUAUUAACUUACACUUACUACAACUAUGGAGUUGAGAAGAAUGAAUAGUGGCGGCUCGGAGGCGGAGAAUUUACUUCGAAUGGAACACUUAAGAAGACUUUUUGACCAGAUUGAUAAAAACAGAGAUGGACAAGUAAAUCGACAAGAAUUAGGCUGCGCGUUAAAAUCCGCCGGGAUCGAAAUACCUGAUCAUGUCAGGGAUAUAUUAUUUGAGAGGGGCGAUACGGAUGCGGAUGGCACGAUCAACUUCGAAGAGUUUUGCAAACUUGUUGAUCAACCUGAUAUGAAGCAAUUCUUUUACAAAUUUUUCAACAUUCCGCCUAUAUCUAGAAUAAAAGACAGAGCACUCAACUAUUGGCAGGAGUGCCAAUGGACCAGUCCACCUCCCAUCUUUAAUCUUAUGUUUAUUCUUGUACAAAUAACUAUUUAUGCAAUUGACAAGGACUCAUUGAAGUGUAGAAAAGUGCUAGAGUUUCAACCCUCCAACAAUAAAGAAGCAUGGCGUUAUUUUACUUAUUCUUUGAUACAUAUGAACUGGAUGCAUCUUAUUGGCAAUUCUGUCUUCCAGUUAAUUUUUGGCACUGCGCUGGAACCAGUGCAUGGGCCAAGAGUUGCUUUAUUGUAUUUUAUUGGAGUUUUAUCUGGUAGUUUACUGCAUUCAUUUACGAAUCACGCAUCAACCCUGGUGGGUGCUAGCGCCGGUGCAUCUGCGUUGAUAUUGGCGUGGGUUUCCGACGUUUUUCUGAAUUGGGCCGAGCAGUCUUGUCCAAUGGUGUCUCUAGUUCCUGUGAUUUUGUUUAUUAUAUGGCAAUGUGUUAUGACGCCUGGAAUGACGAGUCUUCCAGCACACAUCUCCGGAGCUAUUACCGGGCUGCUUUUUGGUUUCCUAGUGCUUAAGAAUAUCAAGGAACACCCGUUUGAACGAAAAAUUACCAAAGUUGCCGUUGUCUUGGGCGUUGUGUACCUUGGCACAUUAAUAUUAUUGAAUAUUUGUAACGUUUACACGUGAAAACAGUAUUAUAGAUUUUAUGGAAAGAAUGAGUUUAUAAGUUUUAUAAAAAGAUAUGCCAGUAAAUAUUAUUAUUAUUAUUACAAUACAUUAUUUAAGAUUU